GUGUGUGUAUGUGUGUGUGACACAAACAAACCGAGAGAUGACAGCGACCUUCUGCGGAUGAAACAGGAAGUACCCAGCCAUCACGUCAUUCUACAAUAUCAGCUGCACGCUGCACGCUCUGCGUUGCUAAUAACAACGGACUCCAAACAAACUGGAAAAAAAAACCUCGGGUCACCCUAUGAAGAGGCGCCGCCUGUUAAUAUUCGAGCUAGUUUGGGAUAUUUAUUCUUCUAGUUCACUUGCAGUGCCUAACCUGACUCAGGUAAAAUGAGCUCACCUUUGUCGAUGCUGAAGAAAACGAGGCGCGCUCCACUGCAGGGCCCUCUGGAUGACCAACGGGGCAGACAAAGCGUGCCUUUCAGGAGGAAUCUGUUCAAAGAAUUUCAGGCUACAUUGGCUGAUGAUGAUAAUGAUGAUGAUGAUGAUGAAUCCUCUGAUCUAAAUCCUCCCCUGACAUCUCACACUCCAGCUAAUGAUGCCGCCACUUCAAAGUCAAAAGCCCCUUUGAAGAAAGGUGCUCCACCAAGCGACUUUGAGCUAAUGUCUGCCAUGAUGCAGCGAUUGAGCCUGCUGGAGAAAACAGUGAAGAGCCAAGCACAGGAGAUCAAGCGCAAGGUGAAAACACAGCAAAAUACAAAACAAACAUCUUUCAAACAUGUCAAACUCACUUUAAAUGUCUUCUUAAAGGAUACAAGGAUUUCUGUCUUGGAGAAAAAACAGAUACUUCUGAAUACAUCAGAGAGUACCCACGAUCUGAGUGGCAGAGACGGCCUUAAAAGAAGGUGCCAACAACUGCAGAAUCAAGUGCGUGAAAUGGAUAGCUUUCUGAAUGACUAUGGUUUGAUCUGGGUGGGAGACGGGGAGAGCAGUGACUCUGCUGAAAGGGAGCAGCCACGUAACUUAGAGAGAGGCCUCUGGCAGCCAGAUGGCUCUGUGAUCAGGAGCUUCCACAUGAACUUUGACCUGGUGCUGCAGAGGAUCAAGGAGCUGAACAUCCUGGCAGGGGAGGGAGAGUGUUUUGUGCAGUCGACAGCCACUAGGGGACAGUUGGCAAAAAAGGAUCUUAUUCAACUGAGUCUCUAUAGCAACGGCAUUGUCAUGUUUGACGGUCCUUUCCGCUCUUAUCAGGAGCACAGCACCCAGCGGUGCAUGCAAGAUCUGAUGGACGGGUAUUUUCCAUCUGAGCUUCAAGAAAGAUUUCCAGAUGGUGUGCCUUUUGAGGUUCAUGACAGACGAGAUGAGGACUUCAUCGUACCGUGGAAUAAGUUUCCUGGCGAAGGACAGGCUGUUCGUGGGAAGAAAGAUGAAUCAUUAAAUGCCGUCAGCUCUCCAUUACCUGGCAAGAAGUUGAGCAUGGAUCGGUUCCUGAGCAGGUUACCAAAGGUGGUGGUGAAGGCUGGUCGUGUGAUUGAUAUCAGGGACUCAGUGAGGGCUGCCCUGCUGGAUUCAUCUGAUGCCCGGAGAAGCAACUCAGUGAUCCUCAUAGACACGCCGGCACUGCAAGUGAUAAAAAAGAGACUGCAGACGAUCAGCCCUGACAGGCCUUCGUCUACCUGUGAUGUCAUCACACUCAAGAUGAAGUCAGAAGAUGGGAAUCAUACUUACAUUCUGAAAAUGUUCUCCUCAGAAACAUUCGGCCACCUGCGGCAACAUCUGGACAAACACAGAGGGGGUGGUCUCCCUGGUUACGACAUCAUCAGUGCUUACCCACGGUGCUGCUACGAUGAUGACCGCCAGACGUUCCAGUCAUGUGGACUAACGACUAAUGCUACUCUGCUGCUGCGAAAGAAGCAACAAUAAAAUGAACUUUUUAUAAAAAAUGUUAGGCAUCAGCCUUCUUCCCAGCACACAUUUUGACUCGUCAUAGUAGGAAAAGCACAGCGGUAACUAAUAUCCGGCAUGCACAAUACCAGGACCCUGACCCCCCAUUAUAUGCCUGGGAUCAUUUUUAUGUUACGUAACAUGAGGGCAGGGAUUGCUGUGCCUCUAAAAAACGGAGUUGGUGGUCCACCGUGACUGAAUGAAUGUAACCGAUAGCGGAAACACUACAUUUUAUAACGAGGUGGUCAUGGUCAUGGUCGAUACCCGAUUGGCUUAAUAAGAUACAUUUUACGGCCGAUACCAAUCCGGCCUAUCGAGUCGCUGCAUCCCAAGCUAUUGAAAGCUAGUACUCGUGGUUUUCUGCACAGAAGGGAUGAAUAUACUGUCUAUCAAAAUUAAAUAAACAAAUUAAAACAAAA